CUCCGCCACGUUGCAAAAACCACCACAAAACCAACUGACGCAUCCCCCCUUCCCAAAAAACAUUGUUUUUGGCCCCCUCAAUAAAAAACAAACCAACCCAAGAGAGAGAAAGAGAGAGAGAUUACAUACAUUACAGAGAGAAUUGUCUCUUCUGAAAGGGGAAGAGCAGCCAAGAGCAUCAACAUGGCCUCGUCGUGAUCUGUAUGACCUGAUCAGUGGCGGUUCUAUUGUAAGCGCCGAGGCAGUAUGGGAUCACGUCACCAUGGCCAACCGGGAGUUGGCAUUUAAAGCAGGAGACGUCAUCAAGGUCCUGGAUGCCUCCAACAAGGACUGGUGGUGGGGACAGAUUGAUGAUGAAGAAGGAUGGUUUCCCGCCAGCUUCGUAAGAUUAUGGGUCAACCAAGAAGAUGGAGUUGAGGAAGGGCCAAGCGAAGUACAGAAUGGACACUUGGACUCCAAUGCUGCAGACUGCCUCUGUCUCGGCAGGACCCUCCAGAACAGAGACCAGAUGAGAGCCAAUGUCAUCAACGAAAUCAUGAGCACGGAGCGCCACUAUAUCAAGCAUCUGAAGGACAUUUGCGAGGGUUACUUAAAGCAGUGUCGGAAGAGAAGGGACAUGUUCAGCGAUGAGCAGUUGAAGAUCAUCUUUGGCAACAUUGAGGACAUCUACCGGUUCCAGAUGGGCUUCGUGAGGGACUUGGAGAAGCAGUACAACAACGAGGAUCCGCAUCUCAGUGAAAUUGGUCCAUGUUUCCUGGAGCAUCAAGAUGGCUUCUGGAUCUAUUCGGAGUACUGUAACAAUCACUUGGACGCCUGCAUGGAGCUCUCCAAGCUAAUGAAAGAUGGCAGGUACCAGCACUUCUUCGAAGCGUGCCGCCUUUUGCAGCAGAUGAUAGAUAUCGCCAUUGAUGGCUUCCUCCUGACACCUGUACAGAAGAUCUGCAAAUACCCGCUGCAGCUGGCAGAACUGCUGAAGUACACAGCCCAGGACCACAGUGACUACAGGUACGUGGCUGCAGCCCUUGCCGUCAUGAGGAAUGUGACCCAGCAGAUCAACGAGAGGAAAAGGAGGCUGGAAAACAUUGACAAGAUUGCUCAGUGGCAAGCGUCGGUUCUGGACUGGGAGGGAGACGACAUCUUGGACCGCAGUUCUGAGCUGAUCUACACAGGAGAAAUGUCCUGGAUUUAUCAGCCUUACGGACGAAGCCAGCAGCGGGUAUUCUUCCUCUUCGAUCACCAGAUGGUCCUCUGCAAAAAGGAUCUCAUAAGGAGAGACAUCCUCUACUACAAAGGGCGGAUUGACAUGGAUAGGUAUGAGUUUGUGGAUAUAGAAGAUGGGAGGGACGACGACUUCAACGUGAGCAUGAAGAAUGCCUUCAAGCUUCACAACAAGGAGACGGAGGAGGUGCACUUGUUUUUUGCCAAGAAGCUGGAGGAGAAACUGAGGUGGCUGAGAGCUUUCCGGGAGGAGCGGAAGAUGGUGCACGAAGACGAGAAGAUAGGUUUUGAAAUUUCCGAAAAUCAGAAACGGCAAGCGGCAAUGACAGUAAGGAAAGUCAGUAAGCAAAAAGGAGUUGGCUACUCGCGAUCGGUUCCUCCCGCUUACCCACCGCCCCAGGAUCCGCUAAAUCAGGGACAAUACUUGGUGACCGACGGCAUAGCCCCCACCCAGGUCUACGAAUUCGCCGAACCCAAACGCAGCCAGUCCCCGUUCUGGCAAAACUUCAGCAGGUUAACGCCGUUCAAAAAAUAAUAUAUAGAGUUUGAGGUGGAGAAUUUUAAAAUAAUUAAAAAAAUAAAAAUAAAAAUAAAAUAAAAUUUUAAAAAAAUAUAUUAAAAAAUGAGAAAAAAUUAUAUUUAUAGAUGGACCUUUUUUGGAAAAGCACUGUCGCAACUUAAAAAAAAUACUUAUAUCUAUAUGGAUAGAUAUAGAUAUAUAUCUUUUGAAGGACCAAAAAUGUUUUGUUGUUGUUGUUGUUAUUUUGGGGUAAUAGUCUCCACUGCUAUAUCCCCUGGAAGCACCAAGUACUUCUGCUCAUGUAUCCUAUUUUCUUUGGGCACCAUUGGAGUCACUGUUGUUACCGUCGUUCUUUUCUUUUUAUACUUUGCAUUUUGUCUCAGAGUUGUCUCCCGCAAUGAUUUCUUGUCCGUCUGCAUUCCCUACCUCUGAUUUGUUCCAUACAGGUGUAUAUUUCUUUUGUCCAAGUUUUAUUUAUGGAUUGCCUAUGCUUCAAAGGGGUUGGCUACAAGGAUAGGGGAAAAGACCAAUCUCUUUUCCUACCAUCUCAGGCCUGCAGCCCAUCAUGGAUGCAAAUCUCUGGGAAUUGCUUCUUUGCCCAAAGACACAGAGAUGCAUCUCUGGGUCCCAUUGAUUUCCAUGGAACGAGCUCCAAUGGUUUGCUGGAGUGACUGCAUCAUUGAAUGUUUAUAAAGUUCUCCAUUUAAAAACAAACCCGUUGCAUUUGGUUUCUCCUAUUCUGUUUUGCAUCCAUGCUCCUGUGUGCGUUGUGUCAUGAAUAUGCCGCUCGGGUCUUCUGUUGCUUUUCACUGUUUCAAAAAAGGGACCGUAGGCGCAUGGCUUUUCCUCUCUGCAUGCUCCCUUCCACUCCUUUCCUUACUAGAAAAGAAGUUGCAAAGCUGAAAUGCUAGAUGGAUUUUGUCCGAGGCAUGCAAGGAGGGAGGGAUGGUUCAAGAGAGGUUGGGGUGGCUUCCGGUUCCUUUGUAACGAAAGGAAUCCUGUUUUUAUUUGUGCUCUGUCCCUUCUUCAUAUGUGGUUUGAGCAUAACCUUCUUCUUAAAAGGAAUCCUAACAACACAAUUCAGGUGGUUCCCAUUUUGGUUGCACAUCCUGUUGUAUACAGUUUUCUGAAUUUGUUCCUAUCUGUUUUUGUUGUUGCCAAAUGUACCCAGUGCUCUAAGUGACACAACCCACAGAACCUAAAGAUUUGCAGGGAAGAGCUACAUCCUAGGAUAUAUUCAGGUGCCUCUCGAGUCUCAAGAAAUGGCCAGUUUUCCUAUCGAGGCAAAAAGAAAAUACCCAAGCGAACCCAUCCCUUAUACCCUGGAGGUGAUACUGCUUAAUGCCCCAUUGAUCUCUGUUUAGAGACGCACCGGCCACAGUGACGACAAACCAUUAUGGAGACCUCAUUCCCUGGCCUUUGGUUUUGAUCCCUUGUUUUAGCCUGAGGUCUGCAUUAUUACUGCAUUAGCCAGUAAUAACUAGCUAUUAGCGACAGGAUCAAUGCUUCAGUAAUCAAAAAAACAUUUUCCUACAAUUGGGAAUGCAUCAGAUUUGUAGAAACAGCCUCAUGCUGUGUUGCUGAAUCAACCUCCUAGUCCCCACCGUAGUUCUUUGGACAGAGAUAUGUUAGGACUUACAAAAACCCAGUAGCUGGUGUUUAUUCGCACAUCAGUUGUAGGAAUCAUUUUCGGUGGAGUCCUGAUCGAGCAUUCAAUCUUUUGUUCCCUUUUUCUUUCCCUGCGCUCUCUCUCUCUCUCUCUCUCCUCUCCUCUUCUAUGAAGAAAAGGCAUUUUGGAAAGCCAUCUUGUCAGUUUCAACUAUAUGUGUCCUAGGCUGCAUCUACGCUGCAAAGUUAAUGCAGUAUGACGCUGCUUUAACUGCUGUGGCUCAACACAAUGUGAAUCCUGGGUUGUGUAGUUUGGUGAGAUGUUUCGCCUUCUCUGUUGGAGAGCUCUGGGGCCACAACAAACUACAAAUCCCAGGAUUCCACAGCAUGGCAUCCUUGCAGUCAAAGCAGAGUCAAAGUGCACUAAUUCUGCAGGGCAGAUUCAGCCCUAGUCCAGCCAAAGGUCAGGAUCCUUUUAGUCGUCAUUUAUUUUACUACUUCUUUUGCCUUUUCAGUUGCUAAAGGUUGGGGGGCUGUCGGGGCGGGGGGGAAUUAACCAGCGUAUCUGUUAAGCCUGUUCAUUUGCUGUUUUGUG